UGGAAAAUGUAGAUACCUUUCUUCAGUUCCUGAUUUAUUUCUUACAUGACAGAUACACCUAUGGGAAACCUGUCCCAGGACUUGCAACUGUAAGCAUGUGCAGAAAAUUAUUUCAUCCCACUUAUUGUCAAAAACAAGAGUUCUGUGAGAAAUUCAGUCAACAGCUCAACAGCAAUGGCUGCAGCACCCAAGAAGUAAAAUCAAACCUACUCCAGAUUAAAAAUAUGGGUUAUGAAAUGCAACUUAAAGUGGAAGCCAAGAUCAGAGAAGAAGGAACAGACCUAGUAUUUACUGGAAAUGGGACCAGUGAAAUCACAAAUAUUGUAACCAGACUCAAGUUCGUGAAAGUGGAUUCACACUUUAGACGAGGAAUCCCCUUCUUUGGACAGGUAGAGUAUAUUGCAAUUCACAUGUAA